UCAAAUUCUUCAACUUCCAUUCAUGCGUUGUUCUCUUUGCAAUACAAAUAUGAUGUUAUUUAACAGAAAUAUGAUCUCUCUUAAUCAUUGCUAUAUUUUUAAGCAAUGAAAUAAUAUAUAUGCUAAUAUAAAAAAGAUGUAAACAAGGGUUUCAUACCUCUUGAGAGAGAGAUAUGUAAAGUGUCAUUCGAUAUGUGAAACUUUAAAUCUAACCUCUAACAUGUAGCAUACUUACAUACAUCGAUAUAUUUUAUAUAUGAUUCUCCUGAAAUCUGUAUUGGUCGGCUAUGGAGAAUCAAGUUCAUUCGGAAUUAAUUAUGAAAGAGGAACGAGAAGAAGAGGAGAUGAAGGAAGGUCGAUGUUCUACCGAAAGCAACAAGAGCAUCACACCUGAUGCUUCGGCGAUUGGAAUAAGACCGAAGCCUCUAAUCUGCAAACCGGAGAACGUGAGCAUUGGAUGCAAAUCAGAACCGAUCGAGAGAAAGUGGCAAUGGGCCCCGGGAGCGUGGCAAGAUGCGACCAGAACCAGCGCAUUCCAACCAUAUAAGCCACCCACAUUACUCACGAAUCUGCAAAGAGGCAAUACUCAGACCCAGAUACAUCAGCUCUAUGUCGAAAACGAUAUCACGUUUCAUACUUUGGCGGGUCAAGGGGAACUUACACCUGAACAUAUAUGUUCAAAUUCAGUAGAUGCAACUGAUGAAAAGGGCUUAACAGGAUUGAUGUGGGCCAGUGCUUAUGGACAAUUAGGUACCGCUAGGCAAUUACUCAAGUGGAGUGCUAAAAUAAAUCGCCGUGGACCAAACGGAGAGACAAGUUUGCAUCUGGCCGCUGCUUAUGGUCAUUAUGAUGUCGUUAAAUUAUUGUUAAAUCAUGGUGCUGAUCCUAAUGCAUGCGAUGAGGAAGGUAAUACACCACUAAUCUAUGGGUCAUAUUAUGAUCAUCCACGUGUGUGUUAUGAAUUGUUAACAAAAGGUGCAGAAGUGACACAUACUAAUUUUUCGAAUGUAAGUGCUUACAAGGCAGCUAUAAUGAAUAAUUCAAUGAAUGCUAAAGCGGUUAUUGAGAAUCACUUGAUACCACAAAUUAUAAAUAUGCCAACGGAUGAAUUGUAAUAAAAAAAUUAAUUAUUAAAUAUAUACUUUAAUAUUUAUAAAUAUUUGUACAUGUGCAAUAUGUAUUUUUAGAAAUUGUAAAUAGAUUAAAAAAUAGAAAUAA